AGAGACACCGCUUCGGGACUCUUAACGGAGCGGAUACUUUUCUCUGUACAGCAUGUUUCUUUCCGGACAGAAAUCUCCGUUGCACCAGCUGGCGUUACACUCACUACACCGGCGCUUUCUUUGGCUUUUAGUUAGCUGAAUCUCUGGUGUGGUAGACAAAAUGGAUGAAGAACCGGAGAGGGCCAAGCGCUGGGAAGGGGGCUAUGAGAGGACAUGGGAGGUGCUGAAGGAGGACGAAUCUGGCUCACUCAAAGCCACAGUGGAAGAGAUCCUGUUCCAGUCCAAAAGGAAAAGGGUGAUAGAGAGCCAUGGACAAGUCAGGCUUGGAAUGGUGAGUAAUGUAUCAUAACUAAAUGUAUAUGCCUUUGAUAUAUGUGUGGUUGACUGUUCAAGGAGUAUGGAAGACCACGACUUGAAACCGAACCGCCUCACUUCUACUCUAAAGCUGAUUGAAGCGUUUGUCGAUGAAUACUUUGACCAAAACCCCAUCAGUCAGGUGGGCAUUAUCACCACGAAGAAUAAAAGGGCUGAGAAGCUGACUGACCUGGCAGGAAACCCAAAGAAGCACAUUGCUGCUCUGAAGAAAGCAGUGGACACUGUGUGUGUAGGAGAGCCGUCCCUGUACAACUCCCUCAACCUGGCCAUACAGACCCUCAAGCACAUGCCUGGACAUACGAGCCGAGAGAUCCUGAUAAUCCUCAGCAGCCUCACCACAUGUGACCCAGCAAACAUCUAUGAGCUGAUUAAGACCCUGAAGUCUCUAAAGGUGCGGGUGUCAGUAAUCGGCCUGUCAGCAGAGGUCAGGGUGUGUACGGUGUUGACCAGGGAGACGGGUGGCUCGUACCAUGUUAUCCUGGAUGAGUGUCACUUCAAAGAGCUGCUGAUGCUGCACGUCAAACCUCCUCCAGCCAGUUCCUCAUCUGAAUGCUCUUUAAUACGCAUGGGUUUUCCACAGCACACCGUCGCCUCUCCCACUGACCAGGAUGCCAAGCCUUCAUUCAGCAUGGCUCAUCUGGACAGCAGCAGUGGUCCAGGUCUGUCUCUGGGAGGAUACUUUUGUCCGCAGUGCCAUGCCAAGUACACAGAGCUUCCCGUGGAGUGUAAAGUCUGUGGUUUGACUCUGGUGUUGGCCCCCCAUCUCGCCAGAUCCUUCCACCACCUCUUCCCCCUCCAAGCCUUUAUAGAGGGUCCUGUGGAGGAGCUUCAAGAAGACAGGUUCUGUCAAGCUUGUCAAGGGGAGCUGAAAGAUAAAAGUAUAUUCACCUGUCCAACAUGUCGCGGUGUGUUCUGUGUGGAGUGUGAUCUCUUCAUCCAUGACUCUCUGCACUGCUGCCCCUGCUGUAUUCACAGUCAGAGCGCCCCCUGAAGCUGAGAGGCUAACUCAUAAGGGCUCAGUGCCAAAGCUCCUGUCUACUCUGAGAACUGCAUCUGAGCCACUGCACUGUUUUCCUAAAUAGCACACCGCUUUAUAUUUGCAUUGUUUAUACACAGUUUUCUACUACAGUUCUGUUUGUAACAUGGCAGUUACAAUAAAACUGAUUUUUGUUUUUGUA